AUGGUCUCUUUCCUAGGAAAAGUAAGCGAGAAAGCCCGCUUGAUCGAACGCGAUCUUCGAGCUGCUACCACCAAACCACCGACCGACAACACCGAAGCACCCCCUGCCUACAGUGCCGAGCUCAGAAACGAUGCUACCCCCUCUGCUAUCGCCGUGGACCUGGCACCGGCUCUUGGUGAACUCAAUCUGAGCGGUGCCGCUGCUGAGAAACCCACGUCUGAUGCCUGUCUCGCGCAUCUGCGCCUACUGUUCGCGUUCCAGGUGCUCAAGAACGAUGUGGGCUACACAGACGGCCUGUGGGAGAUCUGGGACGAGCGAGCCAAGGGAAGUGCGCAGGUUCUGGCUGCGCUACGAGAGAAACGAUGGGCCCUGUAUGUGGCCCGGGCUGUUGACCGAUAUGGGGCGUGGUGGCAGAGUUUUGUGCCGGACAUGCUUCUCGAAGCGGAUCUCGUAACCCCUGGUGGGGUUGGAAGAACGUCAAGAUAUGUUGGAUUUGUUCAAGAGGCAAAACCAAUGAAGUGGACGGAGGAAAUGUUGCCGCCACUAGACGUCUUGAUGGUAUGGCACGCACACAUGCUGAAUCCGAGGCUUUACUUCGAGGAUUGUCUCCGUUAUGGACACGACUCCAUUUGGGCAGGCGGCAUGCCUUGGGAUGUAGUCAACAAGGCUAUUGACAGCCAGUUCAACUGGACCUCCACCGGAGAUCGGCUUGCAAAUUGGACCGCACGAACAGAUGCCGCCUGGAAGAACCAGGAUGAUACCGACAUCAAGGAGCUGCGAUGCCCUGCUUGCCCGGCUAUAGUUCAGGUCCCUUGGACAACAUGUGGUCUUCCUAACGGUUACAGCGGCACCAGCCGCCCCGGAAUUGCAGGCAGCGGCUACGGCGACGGACAACUGGAAAUUAGGUGCAACGGUUGCAAUUUCAUUGUCACGCACGACAGCCUUCGCGUCACCAAGCUGCUUAAAGACAUUCAAAACGCGACCAAAAGCGGCUCAGCAAUGCCGGGAACUAUUCUUGAUCUGAAGACGGGGGUCCCUGCUAUGAUUCAGAACGACGAGAAAGACGAGCACGAUCAACUAUUUCCGUCUCGACUGGCUUGUCGUGGCCUUCUCAUCGAAGUUCUCGGCAUGAUGGACCCUAAGAAUGAUAAGAUACCCACCAUGCUCGCCGUAAAGGAUAUCGUCGAAACUUAUACCGGUAAAUUCGCCGACUCGUCAAAACUCAAGCAUGUCCAGGACAAACACGGCUUGAAGAAAGCCACAGAAUUCAGAUUGAGCUUGGAGGCAAGGCAGCAGACAAGGAGAAUGAUGUCAAGGUAUUGGCAAAAUGCCUCGCCUUUUUCGAUUGACUUGACUGGGUGCGUCACAAGACAGAGCUUGUUCACAGAAAAGAUGGUUACAGUGGGUCUUCUGUUGAACUGGCUUCAUCUGCCGACGGCAGAGCAAAGCAUGCUGAAGAAUGUGACCAAGUACGAACGCUUCUUCGAAAUCAUGGCCGCGAACCCAGGCGAGGCGGCUGUUCCUACGUUGGAUGUCGACCUCGCGUGGCACACCCACCAGCUCAGUCCGAAAGCGUACUACGAGUACUCAGUAUCGAUGACUCGAAACUUUGUGGACCAUAACGACAAGGUUGACGAAGAGAAGCUCGGUGUAUCUUUUGAGUGGACGUCUAAAACGUACGAGAAGAAGUACAAUGAGGUGUAUGCGGAAUGCCGUUGCUGGUAUUGCGAGACCGUGCGCAUGCAAUCCAUCCCAAGAAUUACCAAGAUGUUUGCUAGUUCGAAGGAAGAGAAGUUUUUGGAGUCGUACCAUGCAUCUGGCAACUCCUCAAAGCACCCCUUGCCGCCAAGCAAUCCGUCAGCGCACAUCUCCACCCACAAUGCCGUCCACACUGUCGAGACCAAGUCCCGCAGUGCCACGACGCGCAUGCAGCGAAUGCUCUUCCGCAACGGCAUCGAUGAGUAUGAGGUCAAGGCCCGCAAGAAGGCCACAAAACCUCUCCCCACAGGAGAGCCACGCAUGGGGCAACGUGAGGACACGGCUCUGAAGUGGGGCGUGAGGGUGCCGCUUGCGGGUCCCUGGGUCAGUAUUGCCGCUGCGACGACGACGGCAGCCAUGUACGCGACGCCGCCAGGAGAAGUAUACACUGGGCCCGGGUCGGUGGGGAGCUGCGCGUCGGGGACGUGCGGCGGUCACAGCGGGUGCGGGAGCGAGACGCUGGGCAUGUGCUCCGCGGGAUGUGUCGGGUCUGGCUGGUUUGGCGGCAGUGCAGGAUGCACAGGGUUUGGGGGUGGCAUCUAG